AUGGAAUGGGCGAUGGCAUUUAUCCUACACCAUCCAGAAGCAAUGAAGAAAGCACAAGAAGAAAUAGAUGAAGUAAUUGGACACAAUUGCAUUAUUAACGAAGAAGAUGUAUCCAAGCUACCUUACCUACAAAACAUCGUAAACGAGACACUAUGUUUGUAUCCACCAACACCACUUCUCCUCCCACACGAAUCGUUCGACGACACUACUAUAUGUGGUUAUAAUGUCCCCAAAGGAACAAUGCUGAUGGUUAGUCUUUGGACCAUUCAUAGGGACCCCAAGAUAUGGAAUGAGGCAGAAAAGUUUGUUCCGGAACGAUUCGAAGGGAAAGAAGGGGAAAGUUUAUAUAAGCUUUUGUCAUUUGGGAUUGGAAGAAGGUCUUAUCCUGGGUAUGCAAUGGGUAAACGAGCUGUAUGUUUGUUGUUAGGAUCAUUACUUCAGUGUUUCAAUUGGGAGAGGCCGAGUAAAGAUUUGAUUGAUAUGUCACAAGCUACUGGACUUACUAUGCCUAAGGUUAAGCCAUUGGAAGCCUUGUGCAAUGUUCGUCCUUAUAUGGCUAAUUUACUUGCUAGAUAA